AUGGAUGGACCGAAAACCCAUGAUGAUUCCUUGGAGGCGUUAGAAAAUAAAGCCUCCCCCUCCAAACUCACAUUCUACCCUCUUUCUCUUUCAACAUCAUUCACCUUUGACGGCGAAGCUAGCAUCCCAGCCUUGGGGACCAUGCUAUUAACCGGGCAAAAGAGCCAGAAUCGUGGAGGAACCGCACAGAAGCACCACUCUCAACGACCAUCACGGUCAAUGUUCUUUGACCCCAUGACACCAACUUGCGACGACGAAAACCCCUACCCCCUGGGUGGAUCAUCCAGGGACCAAUUUCUGCGCCUGGAUUCUUCGACAUCGUCACUUGGCCGUCGGAACUCCAGCCUCAGACCCCAAGUAACGCCGGUUGGAGAGCAACGGUAUCCGAUGACGGAAAUCAUCAAGGCCAGACCUUCUGCAAGCCAGCAUGGCUCCGAGGAUGUGCAACGUCAAGCAGCGGGAAGCACGCGGCGCACAUUUGAGCCCAUGACACUCGAUGAGAACCCGCCCGUAAACGGCGAGAUGGAGCCAACCAUAGACUAUGUCACAGGCUUGCAUCUUGUCUUACUCAUGGCGGGCCUUAUGCUCGGUGACCCGGAACUGAUGAGUGAAGUGAACGACCCGGAACUUACACCGUUCGAACAGGCCACGCCCUACAUCACGAAGCGAUUUCAUUCAACAUCAGACAUAGGUUGGUAUGGCUCGGCAUACAUGCUCACAUCGUGUGCUUUCCAGCCAGUCUUUGGACGCAUUUUUAUGCUGUAUUCGGUCAAGUGGUCAUAUCUCACUGCCAUGAUUUUAUUCGAACUUGGCUCCCUCCUCUGCGGACUGGCACCAAACUCGACGACCCUGAUUGUUGGGCGGGCUAUUGCGGGUUUCGGCAGUGCUGGUAUUCUAAUCGGCAGCUUUAUCAUCGUGACAAUGACUGUUCCGCUGCAGAAGCGUCCCGUCUUCACGUCCGUGGUUGGCUUGAUGUUCGGUGUCGGGGCCUCGGUCGGCCCUCUCCUAGGUGGUGUCUUUACGGACCUUGUGACAUGGAGAUGGUGCUUUUAUAUCAACUUGCCGCUUGGAGGUGUAACCAUCAUCUGCUUGAUUCUGUUCUUCAAACCCCAAAAAAGCAAUCGCAACGCCGGAACAUUCCUUGACAGAUUUAAGGACCUUGACAUCGUGGGCAAUAUCCUCAUUCUGGGCGCCUUCAUCAUGCUCUUCCUGGCGCUUGAACAUACGACUCGAGGCUUUUCAUGGAACCACCCACUCAUAAUUUGGCUUUUAGCCGGUUGUGGUAUUACCGCCAUUAUAUUCAUGGUUUGGCAAUGGGCUAAAGGGGAUGCGGCAUUGAUCCCCCCUCGCAUCAUCAAGCAGCGUACGGUGGCGGCAUCAUGCGGCACGGCCUUCAUGAUAUACGCGAUCCUGAUCAACAUGACCUUCUUCCUCCCGAUCUGGUUCCAGGCCGUCAAAAAUGACACUGCCAUGCGCUCAGGCGUGCACAUGGUCCCGUUCUUUGUAACCCAGUCGGCGUUUUCACUGCUUGCAGGAGGCAUCGUGUCCAAAACUGGUUAUGCAACCCCUCCAGCAGUAAUCGGCUCUGCUAUUGGCACUGUUGGCCUCGGAUUGCUGACCCUGUUGAAGCCCGGCACAGGAACAGCCCAAUGGGUAGGCUAUGAAGUUUUAACGAGCGCUGGCUUUGGCCUGUCGAUUCAACAAGGCUUCACAGCCGUGCAGACGGUACUUAGCGAAGAGGACGUGGCGUUGGGAACUGCGGCCGUAUCCGCUGCUCAGUCGCUUGGAGGCGCUAUCUUCGUGUCGGUAGGAAACAGUGUAUUUCAGCAUCAGCUGCUCAAGGCAGCCGACGCCAACUUGCUCCCGGGAGUCGACAUCAAGCAGGUGAUCGAGGCGGGUGCGACGGCGUUCCGCGACUUGAUAUCGGCGGAGCAACUGCCCGCCAUGAUUCGGGUUUACAAUAAGGCGAUUCAGGCGGCGCUCAUCAUCCCCAUUCCGCUAGGAAUACUCGCAACUCUUAUUGCGUGCUUCAUCGAAUUCAGAUCGGUGAAGAAACCCAUAAAGACCAACGAGGAGUCAGGCACAUGCAGCACUGAACUUUCCGACCAGAGGCCAGGUACGAGCGCAUGA